AUGGCACCAUCACCAUCUCGAUCCACCGCAGAGCACAUCCAGUCCUUCCUGCUCCGACACCACUCGCAGCGUGCCCAGCGCGGCAUCCACACCCCCCUCAUCGUCGGCCUACAGGGCCCGCAGGGUUCAGGCAAGACGACAGUCACGCGCAACCUCGUCGACCUCCUCGCCACACCGCCCCACAGCCUCCGCACCGCCGCACUCUCCAUCGACGACUUCUAUCUCACCCACGCAGAGCUAGACGCGCUCGCACGCGACAACCCCAACAACCCCUUGCUCCACGGGCGAGGCCAGCCGGGAACCCACGACGUCGACCUCCUCGCACGCACCCUGGCAUCGCUCGCACAGGGCCAACCAGUCGACGCUCCCACCUUUGACAAGAGCCUCUUCAACGGCCAGGGAGACCGCUCAAAACAGACGAUACCCAUCCCGCCCAACCAGGACAUCGUGCUGCUGGAAGGGUGGUGCCUCGGCUUCCGACCCCGCGACCAGGAUGACCUGCUCGCUCACGUCGACGCAGCCCGUCGCAGCAAGGUCGCAGCAUCCUCCUCGCCGCCGCCCUACUUUCUCCGACACUCGGACGACAACCUCGUCGAGAUCAACCGCCACCUCGCGCGCUACGAGCACCAGUUCUACGACAAGAUCGACGUCAUGAUCCGCAUCCUGCCCGACUCGCUCGACAAUGUCUUCCGCUGGAGGCUCCAGGCCGAGCACCAGAUGAAGGCCCACAACGGCGGCAGGGGCAUGACCGACCAAGAAGUCACGACAUUCAUCCAGAGGUACAUGCCCGGCUACGAGCUUUGGGGGCAGAGCACCGAGCGCAACCUCGAGCUCUGGUCCGGCAGAGGGUUGCAGAUCUCGCUCGAUGUGCAGCGGCAGGUGACUGGCGUCCAGGACUUCUAG